AGAAGCCCCGCCCCCGCCCGCGCUGCGCACGCGCCCAGGGCGGACGGCCGCCUUGGGGCGGGGCCGCGCACGCGCCUUGGGCUGGGCCGCGCAGGCGGAGGCGGAGAUGGCGUGUGAGGCAGAGCACAGUCCCUUGGGCAUGUUCGAGUGCCAGCUCUGUGCCUUAACAGCCCCUUACAGCUACGUGGGGCAGCGGCCCCCCUACACCCAGUCCAUUGUGCUCCUGGAGGAGAGCUACGUCAUGAAGGACCCCUUCACCUCCGACAAGGACAGGUUCCUGAUCCUCGGCUCCAGAUGCAGUCUGUGCGGCAGGCUGGUGUGCGUGGGCCCGGAAUGCAGUCUGUUUUACUGCAGGAGGUUCUGCCUCCCCUGUGCCCAGGAGAACGCUGCUGCUUUCCCUCCGGAAGUUCAGCAAGAUUUGGAGAAAAAGAAAAGCCCACGCAAGAGGCCUUCCAGCCAGCACGGCUCUCGGACGUGAGCGCAGCCGGGAACCGGGUCCGCAGUAGUGCCGGCCCUGCACCCGGCUCCGGCUCCCGCUUGCGGGCUUCUGCGGCCUGGGGCAGAGAUGGGGCCGAGCUGGGAGCUGCCGUGCCUGGCGCUGUUUCUGGGCCACGGGAGGCAGUGUCUGCAGCCCGAGGGACCUGAGCGACAGGGCCAGAGGACCACGCCGAGAAGGCGCCCAGACCCCGGUGCGCCAGAGCUGCUGUCAGUGCUGAGACGGCGGGCGCCCCUUCCCCUGCCCCCCGCCCUCAAAGGCCCCCUGUAGCAACUGGUGAGAAGCCACCCGUGGGCUCCCCUCUGCCCGCAGGUCUUAGCGGACCCAACAGCUCUGUGCUGUUCUGCAGCUUCUGCGGGGCCAGAGAACCCUUUCCCGGGGGUGUUAGAAAUGUGUCUGAUGAGAGGAUGAAUAAAGAGCCUUUACGGAUGGAUGCCGGCGCUGGGCUUUGUGAGCUGGGGCCACACUGACUGGGGCCCACCGUGAAGGACUCGUGGAGGCAGAGACGCCUCCAGGAGGGGCCGGGGGUGGGGGGCCUGCUCCAGGUCCAGGGUGGACGCUCCAGGACGAGAUUGUUGUUUGAAACCAAAACGUUCAUCUCACCACAGCCUUCAAAACCCACCAAAUAAUUUUUAAAAAUAGUUUAUUUUUUUAAACCAUUAAGGCAAAGCUGUACCCUGAAAUUAACUCUUUACAUUCAUCAGUCUUACAGUAGGACAUUCCAGAUGUGUAAGUUCCCGUGAAUUCAGGACAGAAAUCAACACAUACGAUCAGUUCAAUCUCCUAAAGGGAAAGUGAAUGAGACCCAAGAUUUUUUUAAAAAUUAAGUUAUUUUAUAUCUGCUUUCUAACUGCCUGGAACCACCAGAGUAAAGUGACAGGUUAGAUUCCGUUUGCUCUUCCCCGUAGCCCGGCUGUCCCCAGAGGGUCUGGUCCAGGGAGGGGAUGCCAGAGCCUGCUCGGAAAAGAUGGGCUUUGGGAUUGCCGCUGUUUAGUACAAGACAGAAGGGGCCUGUCAGCCCCUGAGCACUGCGUAUAAGGCACCCAAGAUCAGGAACAAGCACACACCGCGACGCCAAGGCCAGUCCUGGCGCUGGGAACCUGCGCGGCUCUGCCCCACACGUCCUGGGGGCAGACACAUCGGGCGGGCUCUGCCCCAGUAUGGAAACAGUGUCUGGGAGACUCAGGGUCUGUGGCUUCUGCCACACGCCCGGGUUGGGCUCUGGAGGUGCCAGAGAACCAGCUGGUAUGAAUCACUGCCACCGGCGUCUUCCAAAGGGCCGGGAUCUUUGGUAACAGCCCACAGGGAGCGAUUCCCUGAAGAGCAGACAGCCACCCACUGUGCAGGCCUGGCUCGUGUCUCCUGGGAAAUCGGUGCCGCCCAAGCUGGGUCCGAGGCAGCCUCGCUGGUGGGAAUGACACAGACUCGCCUGUGCAUACCUGGCACGUGAAGCACGGCGAAGGGAACAGGUUUACAGGGAAGUAAAUCCCGCGUGGCUCAGGAGCGAGAAGCCCUGAUGUGUGUGUGCCUGUGUGCGAGCGUGUGUGCGUGAGCUCGUGUGCAGGGCACACACCGUUGUUUCAGCUUCCUUUGUGUUUCCAACCCGUCCAAAGCCAGGCUACUAACAAUUA